ACAAACUGCUUACAAUUUUAGGCAGCCUAUCAGCUAUUGAGUUAGGCAUCAUCAUUAAGCACUUAUUUAUGAAUAUGGCUUGAGGGUGAGAGAAAAAUGUACAUUAAAUGUAGUUUUUUGUUUUUACAACUUUUUACUCUGCUGAUCCAACUCUUUUUAUGCAAAAAUGUCAAGGAAUCGAACGAUGAAAAAUGUGGAGUGCCUCAUGUUAAAAUAGAUUUUAAUAAAAGAAUAGUAGGUGGAGAGCCAGCGAGACUUCAUUCGUGGCCCUGGCAGGCCAGAUUGUUGAAGUACUCUUCCAACCAUAGCGCAGUAGACAUCUGCGGUGGAACCAUCAUUUCAAGUCAAUACGUUGUAACUGCUGCACAUUGUGUAUGGAAUAAAGAAAAAAACAAAAGUGAAAACGCCAGUAGAUAUCUGGUGAUAGCGGGAGAUCACGAUCGUUUGUCUGAGUGGGAUGGAGAAACACAAAACGUAUCUUUGGAAUACAUCGAAGCUCAUCCAGAUUACAAUUACAACUCUUCAUUGAACGACAUAGCUAUUUUAAAAUUGGUAACAGAUUUGAAGUUCAACGAAAACGUCAGUAAAUGCUGUAUCUCAUCGACGCCUCCAGUGAAAAAUGAAUUUUGUCUCGCUACUGGUUGGGGUGUUACUCAAAAAGUGACCGAAUCUAAAGAUUUUUUAAGACAAGUCAAUCUACCAAUUAUAUCGACCAAAUUAUGUCGAAGCGUUUAUUUCGGAGACAAAGUUAAAAGUGGAAUGUUCUGUGCCGGGUAUAAACGCGGUGGAAAAGAUACAUGCCAGGGUGAUAGUGGAGGUCCACUUGUGUGCAAAAGAAGUGGUGUGUGGUUUCUAACCGGCAUCACAAGCUGGGGAGUGGGCUGCGCGGAACCCAACAGCCCAGGAGUGUACACGGAAGUUAGCGAUUACGUCCAAUGGAUCCAAUCUGUUGUUAAAAUUUACAAGAUUAUGCAGACGUGAUAUUCCAAUAAAAUAUUUAUUAAAUCUUCUGUUAUUUUCAAUCUUUUUCUAAAAAACGACCAGUUUACAUCGUUUGGUGAUUUGUUGUAAUUUUGUUGAGUUGUAUUUUAACAAGCGUUCUCUGUAAAACGUCAAUUUUCAUACAAAUUCAACGGUUUUUGAAAAGUAAACAUUACGAACGUGUAACAACAAAACCUGUCUAUAAAAAAUUGUAAAUCGA